AUGGUUUUCAUCCUGCACCGGCACAAGCAGCAGGUGCGACACAUUCACAGGAACGAUCUCGCCCCCAGGUCCUCCCCUGAGACCAGAGCUGCCCACAGCAUCCUUGCCUUGGUGAGCACCUUUGUGUGUUUUUACAUCCUCUCCUGCAUCAUCCAAGGACGGUUGACAUUCAGGGAUGUGGCCAUAGAAUUCUCUCUGGAGGAGUGGAAAUGCCUGGACCCUGCUCAGAGGGCUUUAUACAAGGCAGUGAUGUUGGAGAACUACAGGAACCUGGUCUCCCUGGGAAUUUCUCCUUUUGACCUGAGGAUUAUCUCCUUGUUGGAGCAAGGGAAAGAGCCCUGGACUGUGGAGAGCCAGGUGCAAAUAGCAAGAAAAUCAGAUGGGUGGAAACGGAUCAAAGGUGCGAUCACAGAUCUCUCUCCUGAAUUUGUAAUAAAAAAUGUACGACCAAAAGGGAAGACCAAUGCAGAAGUAUUCCAAACAGUGACAUUGGAAAGGCCUGAAAGCCAUGACAUUGAAGACUUUUUCUUUAGGGAAGUCCAGAAGAAUAUACAUGACUCUGAGUGUCAAUGGGGAGAUGAUGAAAGAAGUUACAAAGCAGAGCUUAUGACCCAGAAAGAAAAUCUCACUGGUAGAAGAGAUCAACAUGAUGGAAGGGAGGCAGGAAACAAACUUACUAAAAAUCAGUGUGGAGUAAUCUUUAAGUCACACGUGCCUCAACGGAAGCUACUUCAAAGUAAAAGGAAAGUUGACGAAUGUAAUCAAAUCAAGUCUAUCAACCAUGGUUCCUCCGUUUCACCACUUCUAGAAAUCCCUUCUAGUGUCAAAACCCACAUUUCUAAAAAAGAUGAGAAUGAUUUCAUCUUUUCUUCAUCACUCACAGAAGGACAAAAAGUAAACAGUGAUGGCAAACCUUACAAAUGUACUGAACGUGGCAAGGUGUUCACUGAAAAUUUACGUCUUGCAUGUCAUCAGAGAAUUCAUACUGGAAAGAAACCUUACAAAUGUAAUGAGUGUGGCAAGGUCUUCAUUCGAAAUGCAUGGCUUGCACGUCACAGCAGAACGCAUACUGGAGAAAAACCUUACAAAUGUAAUGAAUGUGGCAAGGCCUUCAAUCGAAAUGCAAACCUUGCAUGUCACAGGAGAAGUCAUACCGGAGAGAAACCUUACAAGUGCAAUGAGUGUGGCAAAGCCUUUAGUGUACAUUCAAGACUAACUAUCCAUCAGGCAAUCCAUACUGGAGAGAAACCUUACAAAUGUAAUGAGUGUGGCAAGGUCUUCACUCGAAAUACAUGCCUUACACGUCACAGCAGAACACAUACUGGAGAAAAACCUUUUAAAUGUACUGAAUGUGGCAAGGCCUUCGAUCGAAAUGCAAACCUUGCACGUCACAGGAGAAGUCAUACUGGAGAGAAACCUUACCAGUGUAAUGAGUGUGGCAAAGCCUUUAGUGUACGUUCAAGACUAACUAUCCAUCAGACAAUCCGUACUGGACAGAAACCUUACAAAUGUAAUGAGUGUGGCAAGGUCUUCACUCAAAUUGCAUGCCUUACACAUCACAGGAGAACGCAUCCUGGAGGAAAACCUUACAAAUGUGAUGAGUGUGGCAAGGCCUUCGAUCGACCUUCACAUCUUGAAUGUCACCGGAGAAAGCAUACUGGAGAGAAACCUUACAAAUGUUACGAAUGUGGGAAGGUCUUCAAGUAUAGGUGCUCUGUUGCAUACCAUCGAAGACUUCAUGCUGGUGAGAAACCUUACAAGUGUUAUGAGUGUGGCAAAGCCUUUAGUGGUCGUUCAAUCCUAACUAGUCAUCAGAUAAUCCAUCAUGGAGAGAAACUUUACAAAUGUAAUGAAUGCGGCAAGGUCUUCCCUCGAAAUGCAUACCUUCAACUUCACAAGAGAAGUCAUACUGGAGAAAAACCUUACCAGUGUAAUGAGUGCGGCAAAGGCUUUAGUGCACGUUCAGGGCUAACUUUCCAUCAGGCAAUCCAUACUGGAGAGAAACCUUACAAAUGUAGUGAGUGUGGCAAGGUCUUCGCUCAAAAUAAAUACCUUGCACGUCAUAGGAGAAGGCAUACUGGAGAAAACCUUUAUAGAUGUAAUGAGUGUGGCAAGGCCUUCACUCAAAGUUGGCACUUUCUUAGGCAUCAAAGUAUUCACGAUGGAGAGAAACCUUACAGGUGUGAUGAGUGUGGCAAAGCCUUUAGUCUUCAUUCAAGCCUAACUACCCAUCAGAUGAUCCAUACUGGAGAGAAACCUUACACAUGUAAUGAGUGUGGCAAGUCCUUCACUCAACAUUCACAGCUUGCGUGUCACCGGAGAAUGCACACUGGAGAAAACCUUUACAGAUGUAAUGAGUGUGGCAAGGCGUUCACUCGUAAUGCAUGCCUUGCGCGUCACAGCAGUAUGCAUACUGGAGAAAAACCUUACAGAUGUAAUGAGUGUGGCAAGGCCUUUAGUCAAAAUUGGCACCUUGGUAGGCAUCAAAGUAUUCACAAUGGAGAGAAACCUUACAAGUGUUUUGAGUGUGGCAAAGCCUUCACUAAAAAUGCAUACCUUGCACGUCACAGGAGAAGGCAUACUGGAGAAUGACCUAACAGAUGUAAAUCAGUGUGGCAAGGCCUUCGCUCAACAGUCACAGCUUGUUAGUCAUCAAAGUUUUCACAGUGGAGAGAAA